AGGAGCUGUCCGGAUACUUUUGUACCCCACGCGAUGCCGCUCCCGGCCGCUAGGGGCAGUGUGCACCCCAGUUUGUAGAGGCGAGCUGAAUGUAAACAGUGUCUCUGUGCAGACACUGAGGGGCUCUGAUGGACGUUGUGCAGGAAUCGAUCACCGUGUUUGUGGAGAUAAUCCUGUCACUCUCAGCGCUGCAGGUCUCGGUUCACCUCUUCAAGGACCACAGGGCUCCAUCAGUGGGGUUCUUCCUCGUGGCGUGCUCCUCUGCUCUGGCGGUUCUCCCUCUAUCCAGUCCAUCUCUUGCUGCAGCCCAGAAGGAUCUAGAAUGGGUUGCAGAAAUUCUAGGACCGGCUCUGUCUGCGUUCGGCUUCCUGUGGCUCAGUGAAGACCGCUCCACCGCCCAUGUGCUUCUGAUUGGCUCCGCCCUCCUCCCUCUGCUUGCUGAUUGGCUGUCGGCUGACGGGUUGGUGGUCAUGUCUCGCUGCGUGGGCUUAUCGGCGCUGUCCUGCUCUCUGACCGUGUGCCUGUUCGCCGGAAACGCAGCCGGAGUGGUGGGCAGCGUGGCCCUCAGCCUGCCCACUCUAGUGGCUCCCAGGGUCAGAGGGGCAACCGUGGGCUCUAUCAUGUCUCCACAACUCGCCGGGGGGCUACUGCGGUGGGUCCUGAAAGCCAUCAUGGCUGUUGGCUGCUGGACAACAAAGACAGCUCUGGAUCAAUUCCUCCAGGAUCUGAAAGGCUGGGAUUAAAGAAAAUCCAAUUUA